AACCCGAGAAAUCGCGGAAAACUUUUAUCAAUAAUGCGUUCCGUAGUAAAAUUUUGGGACAGCAACAAGUUUUUAACGAAAAUUGGUGAUGUUUUAUCGUCACAUUGAUAAUUUAUCAAACGUCAUGGACCAACAAACUUCAUGGACCAGAGUUGAUCUGCGAUAACGCACACAUAUAUGAAAUUUGACAGCGGUAAAUCCCCCCUGGAUAUUUUCAGUUUUUCGAGCAGUUGCUGACAUUUUUCAAAAACAUCUGGCAUUUCUGUCAUUAACAGUCAGGAACGAGCGUGAAAGUUGUAGCAAGCGUUGUUUUGUGUUUGUUUGGUACGUAAUCUAGAACUAAUAUUUGACAUACUUUUGGCUAAAUAGGAUUGUAUCAUUUGCCACCUAAUUACAUAACGAAUUGCAAAAAAGUCAGCAUUUUUGAGCGUCAAAUUAAACCCGCUGGAUCAACAUGGAUUUAAUGUGCAAUUUAUGCCUUUGUCGGCGACCAGAUAUGACGGUAGAAAACAAAAAAAUGCGUGAACAAAUCGACAAAAUUUUUUACUUCGAGAUUUUCCGUCAAUCUAAUCACACAAUGAUUUGCUCUAGUUGCAAAGACACAGUGAUAAGCUUCUAUGACUAUGCUGAACAGGUAAACAGAAAUCAACAGACCUUGCGAUCAGUUCAGCUUCCGUCUACGAGUGGGGUCGAAACGAAGCCGCAAAUAACGGAUGGUACCUUGAUAAAACUUGAAUGUUCGUUAAUGGAUGAGGAUCAGGAAGAAUAUGAAACAGAGUGGGUUGAUGUGAUGGAUAAAUUAGAAACAUCGAUCAACCAGGACUCCAGUAUUGAAGAGGAAGAUUCGAAAAGUCGAAUCAAACAAAGUGCUAGUGAUUCGAGUUCUGAUGGUGAGCAAUACCAAGACGAAAUCACCGGGGACGCAGAUUGGGAAGCAGCCGCUGUAGAAGAUAACAGAACAUCUCCAAAAUCAGUCAAGCUAAAACGAAAGUACAUCAGGAGAAAAAUAGCACCAGGAAAGUCCUCUGUUCGAAAAAAGAAUUCAGCACAGGGUGGACAGGAAUCUUAUAGUGAAGACUCGGUUUUACAACAUUUUAGUCUUGUAUGCGACAUGUGUUCUAAGCCGUUGGAAGAUUUCAAUGAGUUACGCGAGCACUUCAAAGAAGCGCACGGUCAGCAGGGAUAUAUCAGAUGUUGUGACAAAAAGAUAUUCAAAAAAUGUUGGAUGGUCGAGCAUUUGCAGGUUCACUUGAAUCCAGAUACAUUCCACUGUGACACCUGUAACAAAAGUUACAGCUCAAAAAGAGUACUAAACGAUCACAAUAAGGAGGUGCAUGCGUCGGACGAGCAGCGGGCUCUUAGUUGUGAGGGGUGUACUAAGCGAUUUGCCUCGAAGCGGCAUUUAAAUGCACACAUGUCAAUGGCCCACGGAUCGUUUCCUUGUCCACAAUGUUCGCGAAUACUGGCAUCGCAGGGAUCUCUUAAACAUCAUGUUCUAACGAUACAUGGUGAAGGCGAGCAAUUUAUCUGUGACAUUUGCGCGCGUGUUUAUCGCACCAAGCGUUGUCUUGAGACGCACGUUAAAGGUCACUUGGGAACGCGACAGGAGGAUAAAGUUCAAUGUACAGUUUGUGCUGUUUGGUUCACUAACAAGUACCAGCUGACGAAACAUAUGAACCGCAUUCACAUUAUGCCAGAGCAAAUGUUAGAGUGCACUUUGUGUGGCAAGCAACUGCGCAACCGCGAGGCUUUGAAUGGACACAUGCACCGGGUGCAUAGCGAAAACCGGUUUGAAUGUGAGUUCUGUUCCAAAACCUUCAAAAGACCCCAUCACAUGAGAGAGCACGUUGCCAUUCACCACACCGGAGAAGAUCUGUACAACUGCAAUUAUUGCGAGGAGCGUUUUAAUUCGAAGAACAAACAGUACACACACCGGAAAACUGUACACCCGUUGGAAUUUGAGGAGGAAUUGCGUCGACGGAUUAUGAAGGAAUAGAGAACGCAUACGGUUUUUUUUUCUCCUGUAAUAACCUGUAAGGGUGGGCAUCCAAGUGAAAGAUUGCUAAACAGUUAAGACCAACCAAUCGUAUUCCAAUUCAGUAUUUUUAUGACUUUUAACACGCAAAGAACGUACCUACUUUUUUUAUCAUUUUUGACAUGGAAUAACAGUGCCAACCUAAAAUUCAACGCUAACAGUUUCGCUUAAUAAUUGAAGAAUUGGCAUAAUUACUAAUUGAAAAUCAGCGUCGAUAAUUAGCGGUGUCCAGCCCUGAAAUUCUAUGAUUUUGAGGAUUAUAGUUUGCAUACACUUAUACCAAUUUCAGGUAGUCUUGAUUAGGGACAAACAAGUUUUGUUUAUAGUGUUUUCAUUUUCAUCUGUUGAUUGCGUGUAAGCUUUGUAGUAAAGUACGCCAACAGUAUGCCGCAUGUGCUUUAGAGGAAAUAUCAAUAUGUUUUCUUCAAUUCUGUCAGAGAGAAGAAGACAUUUCCUCCAAAGUUAAUUUCAGCAGAAAACAAAAAUAAUUCUUGCUAUCAGUAAAUAUAAUCGAGAUUUGUAAUAGCGUAAAUAUAAUUUUUAAUUAUU